AUGAACACACUGAUCCAACCGGGUGACAACCCUGAUAUCACCGCCGAACGCAAAAAGGGCACUUUCGAUGUCCGCAAAAUGGCUGCUUUUAUCUAUGGAGGAACCGAAAACUUACAGCGUCGCAAGGAAAUCCUUGAUUUCGUCGAAAGCCGCGAAGAAUUCCGCGACCCAAUCCCUCCAGAAUUUUUGACUCGCGAAGAUCGUGUCUCCAAUAAUGCUCGAAAGGCCGUGGCCAUGACCGAUUUGGCCGAGGCAAUUGAUGGGUCCGACUUCUUUGGCGAGGGCAUCUACUACCAAAAUUUAAUUAUGGGGCGCGAUUUGCAUGGGAUGUCGCUGCACUAUGCCAUGUUCUUUCCAACGAUACAGAAUCAGUCGGACGAUGAGCAGCUUGACGAGUGGCUACCACUGGUCGUGUCUCGGGCCAUAAUUGGCACCUAUGCUCAAACUGAGUUAGGCCACGGGACUAAUCUCCAGAAGCUUGAGACCACGGCCACCUACGAUGCGGCAACGAAAGAAUUCGUGUUGAACUCGCCAAAAAUUACGGCUGCAAAGUGGUGGCCGGGAGGUCUCGGCAAAACAGCUAGCCAUGCCAUCGUCAUGGCCCAACUCUACACUCAAGGCAAAUGCCAUGGCCCUCACCCAUUCUUCGUCCAACUACGAGACCUCAAUACCCAUAUGCCUAUGAAAGGAGUCCGCCUCGGUGAUAUCGGACCCAAGCUCGGCAUCAAUGGGAGUGACAAUGGUUUUCUACUUUUUGAUCAAUACCGUAUACCACGCAAGAAUAUGUUUAUGAGAUUUUCCAAGGUUCUCGAAGACGGGACCUACGUAGCACCCAAGCAUUCCAAGCUCGGUUUCGGUGCUAUGGUUUUUGUGAGAUCGAUUAUGAUCAAGGAUCAAUCUAUGCAACUCGCAGCUGCGGCUACAAUUGCUGUACGCUAUUCGAGUGUGCGGAGACAGGGAGAGCCUGUACCUGGAAAAGGGGAAGUCCAAAUUUUGGACUAUCAAACCCAACAAUAUCGACUGAUGCCCCAGGUGGCGCGGGCUUACGCUUUUAUGUUUGCCGCUUAUCAGACGAGAGAUUUGUAUUUGAAGCUAACUGAAAACCUAAGCACCGGAAAUACGGAACUGCUGCCGGAAAUCCACAUCAUCUCUUCCGGCCUCAAAUCGCUGGUUUCUUGGGAGACGGCGCAGGGUAUUGAGCAGUGCCGGUUGGGGUGUGGAGGUCAUGGUUAUUCCCAUGCUUCGGGACUGCCCGAGAUUUAUGCGUAUGCUGUGGGUGGCUGUACGUAUGAGGGGGAGAAUUUAGUGAUGUUGCUUCAGGUCGCCAGAGCCCUAGUUAAAGUAGCCGAAGCUGUCAAACAAGGCAACGCCAAACUUGCCGCACUCACCGAAUACCUCGGUCGUCGUGGCAAUGUCAAAAGCAGUUUUUCAAAUAUCAACAACGCCGUUCCCCGCGAACUUAUCCACGAUUUUGAGCAUGUCGCCCGCGAGCAGCUCUUCAAAGCCUAUCACCAGCUAAAAAAGCACCAACAAAGUAUGUCAGCAGAAGAUGCCUGGAAUAGAUGUUCCGUCGAACUGGCCAAAGCUUCAAGACUUCACGUAAAACUCUACCUAAUGAAGGUGUUCUUCCAAAAAAUCGAAGAAAUCUCCGACAGCACCCUCAGCGAGCCGUUGAACCAAUUGGCCCAACUAUAUGCCCUCGACUUGAUUUCGGCCGCGGGCCAUGAAUUUUUAAGGAAUGGUUUCUACACUGAUGUCCAGCUCGAUGCUGUGCGUGAUGGGAUUUAUGUGCUCCUCGAAAAACUUCGUCCAAAUGCCUUGGCACUUGUCGACUCGUUUGACCUGAGCGAUCGUGAACUGCAUUCGGUUCUCGGACGUCGUGACGGCCAUGUUUAUGAAAAUAUGAUCAAAUGGGCCCAGCAGAGCCAACUGAACCAGCAAGAAGUGCUUCCGACUUUCGAAAAAUACUUCAAGCCGAUGAUGCUGAAUGCUCGUGCUCAUAUA